CAGAGCAGCACAGACUUGGAUUUAUUUGAUACUUCAAAAUUACUUGGAUUACUUCAGCAAUGGCGACCUUUGAUGACCUCCUGGAGGACGCUGGGACUUUCGGUCGCAGUCAGAAGCGUAUCUUCGCCAUUCUCUGUAUAGUGUCCUUACCGUUUUCAGGGGUGUACCUGGGCAUCGUCUUUCAGGGGUUCACUCCAGAUCACUGGUGUCGGGACUCUGCGGUGGUGCAGAGGAGGCAGGAGUGCGGCUGGAGUCUGGCACACAGUCGCAGGCUGACGGUGCCGCUGGUGAACAGCUCGGGAGCUCUGCAGCACAGCAGCUGUGAGCAGUAUGAGGUGGACUGGAACAAGACAGCGCUCACCUGCAGCACACAGGAACUGAACCUGACCAACCUUCCUGUUACCUCGUGCAAGGGUGGCUGGGAUUAUGAGUAUGAAGGCAGGAGGUCCUUCGUCACAGAGUUUAACCUGGUGUGUUCAGAUGCAUGGUUGGUGGACAUGUACCAGUCCACUAUCAAUAUGGGCUUCCUCAUUGGCAGCUUUGCUUUUGGUUACUUUGCUGACAGGUUUGGCAGGAAAGUCAGCUUCUUAAUCUCCAACAUCCUGAACUUUGUAGCGGGGAUAGUCCUGGCUGUGGCUCCAAACUACACCUCCAUCCUUGUGGUCAGGACCAUCUUCGGCUUUGGAGUCAAAGGAGGCUGGAUGUCGGCUUACGUGCUGCUCACAGAGAUCGUUGGCGUGGAGUACAGACGCACGGUGGGCAUAUUGUUCCAGAUGUUCUUCAGCGUCGGGAACCUCAUCCUUCCUCUUCUCGCCUACUUCGUCACUGACUGGCGGUGGCUUCAAGUUGUCAUCUCUGCACCCUACAUCUUCUUCCUGUCCUACUACUGGUUUAUCCCAGAGUCUCCGAGGUGGCUCAUCUCUCAGAAGAACACCGCAAAAGCUCUGGAGAUCACUGAAGCUAUAGCCAAGGAGAACAAGAUGAAGCUCUCCAAGAACUAUGAAACUCUGACAGAGGAUGAAGGCGACUCCUCCUCUGCGUCCUUGCUCGACCUGGUCAGAACCCCAAACAUGAGAAAACACACUUUCAUCCUCAUGUUCAACUGGUUCACCAGUGCUGUGGUCUACCAGGGUUUAAUCAUGCGUGUUGGGAUAACAGGAGGAAACAUCUACAUAGACUUCCUCAUCUCCGGCCUGGUGGAGUUCCCCGCAGCCUUCCUCAUCCUCCUCACCAUCGAACGUAUCGGCCGACGUCUUCCCUUCGCCACGGCUAACAUCGUAGCCGGAGCCUCGUGUCUCAUCACCGCUUGCAUUCCCGACAGUAUGUUCUGGUUUAAGACGGUGGUGGCCUGCAUUGGUCGGCUGGGGAUCACCAUGGCCUUUGAGAUGGUGGUGUUCGUUAACACUGAGCUCUACCCGACAUUUGUCAGGAACCUGGGAGUGUCCGUUUGCUCCACUCUCUGUGACGUUGGAGGCAUCGUAGCUCCGUUCCUGCUCUACAGGCUGGCCGUCAUCUGGCUGGAGCUGCCGCUUAUCAUCUUUGGAGUUGUCGCGUUCAUCGCUGGAGGUUUGGUGCUGAUGCUGCCUGAAACCAAAGGAGUGCCUCUCCCUGAGACCAUUGAUGAUAUUGAGUUUCCUCACAGGAAAAACGAAGAUGUCGCAGAGAAACCACAAAAGACAAAACUCCUUAAAUCUGAGUUGACCAACAACAAAGAAACGACAGCUGUUUGACAGUGUGUGUGUGUGUGUGUGUGUGUGUGUGUGUGUGUGUGUAUGCAUGUGUGUGUGUGUGUGUGUAGAUUUUAAAUACUGGUGUGUAGUAAUGUAAAUUGUCAAAAUCAAAACAGUAUGUUUUUUACAGAUUUCCCAUAAAGCUUGAAUCUCCAGUUUCCUUUGUUUUAUUUUUCAGCUCCUCCAGAUACACAAAUUUUACACUCCAGCUCCAAGAUGAUCCGCUUU